AUAAAAUCGUAGUGACAAAUCACAAAUAGUGCCAAACAUAACAUCCCAACGGUUGAUAAAGGACUGAAAAUGGCGAAGGCCUUGAUCGGCGUGACGCUGAGCCAGCAAGUGUUGUUUAAAAGGAGCAAUUCCAUUCUCUCUUCUUCUUCAUCUUUCAGAUCUCGUUCUCUUCCUUCGCUUUUCUUCUCUCCGGUGAAGAACCACAACCACAACCCUCUCGUCGCGUCUCUCUCUUCCCACACCGCCAUGGGUCAAACUCCCACCGCCGCUGAUGCCGGCAUGGACGCCGUCCAGCGCCGCCUCAUGUUCGACGACGAAUGCAUUUUAGUGGAUGAGAAUGACCGUGUGGUUGGUCAUGACAGCAAAUACAAUUGUCACUUGAUGGAAAAGAUUGAAUCUGAAAAUUUGCUGCAUAGAGCUUUCAGUGUAUUCCUGUUCAACUCAAAGUAUGAGUUACUUCUUCAGCAACGAUCUGCAACAAAGGUGACAUUUCCUCUUGUGUGGACAAACACCUGCUGCAGCCAUCCACUGCACCGUGAAUCUGAGCUUAUUGAGGAGAAUUCCCUUGGAGUAAGAAAUGCAGCUCAGAGGAAGCUUUUUGAUGAGCUUGGCAUUCCUGCUGAAGAUGUACCAGUUGAUCAGUUCACCCCAUUGGGCCGCAUACUUUACAAGGCACCUUCUGAUGGCAAAUGGGGAGAGCAUGAACUGGAUUAUCUGCUGUUUAUUGUGCGGGAUGUUAACGUUCAUCCAAACCCUGAUGAAGUGGCUGAUAUCAAGUAUGUGAACCGUGAAGAGUUGAAGGAGCUGUUGAGGAAAGCUGAUGCAGGUGAGGGAGGUUUGAAGCUGUCCCCUUGGUUCAGACUAGUUGUGGACAAUUUCUUGUUCAAAUGGUGGGAUCAUGUUGAGCGAGGGACUCUGGGGGAGGUUAUUGACAUGAAGACAAUUCACAAGUUGACAUAAAAUCUGAGAGCUUGCAGCAUGUCAUUAAGGGUAAAUUGUUUUACUAGCAAAUAAAAAUAAAUUGGAUCUGAUUGUGAAGCAUAUUUGUAGUAGCGGCUAUUAUGAUCUCAUUUAUCCGUUCUGUUGUUUGAUAAUAGCCAGAACAUUAAUGUCUGGGUGUAUCUUAGAACUUAGAAGAGUUUUAUUGUCCAGCUUAGGAUUUAAGUUCUCAAUGAGACCCCUUUGGGGUUGUGUUUCAAAGUUUAAAGUUCUGAAAUUUUAAAAAAAUAAUAUUAGUUCUCAGUUAUAUUUUUCUCUUUUAA